UGUGGUGUGUGUGUACGGGUGUUUGAGCAUGCGUGCGUGUGGGUAAGGGUGUGAGAGUGAAUGACAGACUUUCCAUAUGGACUAAAAUCCUGAGAUGCAUGAGCUGGAGGUGGGGAACCUGUGCUGUGUGGACACAUGAAGGCUGCUACACGGUGUAGCUCGGACGCUGUGAGUUUCAAGAAUCUGGUGAAAGGGAGAGAGUGGACAAUGAAAAUGGACAUGGAGGAUGCUGACAUGACUCUGUGGACGGAAGCCGAUUUUGAAGAAAAGUGCACAUACAUUGUAAACGAUCACCCUUUGGAUCCAAGUGCCGACGGAGGCACCCUAACUCAGGCAGAGGCUUCCUUGCCAAGGAACUUGACUUUCAAAUAUGCAUCUAACUGCAAAGAGGUCACUGGAGUUAUAAGCAAAGAGUACAUCCCAAAAGGAACGCGCUUUGGACCCCUGGUAGGAGAGAUCUAUACCAGCGAUACGGUUCCCAAGAAUGCAAACAGAAAAUACUUUUGGCGGAUCUAUUCAAGUGGUGAGCUUCACCACUUCAUUGACGGUUUUAACGAGGACAAGAGCAACUGGAUGCGUUAUGUAAACCCCGGCUACUCUGUUCAGGAACAGAAUUUGGCUGCUUGUCAGAAUGGAAUGAACAUCUACUUCUACACCAUAAAGCCCAUCCCUGCCAACCAAGAGCUGCUUGUGUGGUAUUGCCGAGACUUUGCAGAGAGGCUGCACUAUCCCUCCUCCAGAGAACUGACAAUGAUGAACCUCACACAAACCCAUGUUAAUCCAAAGCAGCACAGUGCUGAUAAAGAUGAGCUCUAUCAGAAAAGCAUCCCAAAGAAGGAGCACAGUGUGAAAGAAAUCCUGAAAAUGGAAUCCAGUCAUCCAAAAGGAAAAGACUUCUUCCAGACCAACAUUUCACCAGUUACUCCAGAAAAAGAUUUGGAUGAUUUGCAUAAGAACUAUAGCCCAGAGAGGUGUUUCUUCCCUCGAGUUGUCUACCCAAUCCGACCUCACAUUCCAGAAGACUAUCUGAAAGCUUCCUUAGCAUACGGAAUGGACAGACCCAGCUACAUUACUCACUCACCCAUCCAGACAUCUACUACGCCAAGUCCUUCCGGGCGGAGCAGCCCAGACCAAAGUUUAAAAAGUUCAAGCCCUCACAGCAGUCCAGGGGUCACGGUUUCACCUCUGGCACCUCCUUCCCAAGAGCACAGAGAGCCGUACUCUUACUUGAACGGAUCGUAUGGCUCAGAAGGAUUGGGGUCUUAUCCUGGAUAUGCACCCCCUGGCCACAUCCCACCUGCCUUUCUACCGUCCUAUAACCCUCACUACCCCAAAUUCCUGUUACCUCCAUUCAAUAUGAGUUGUAAUAACCUGAGCGCUUUGAACAAUAUCAAUGGCAUCAACAAUUUCAAUCUCUUCCCAAGGAUGUAUCCUCUUUAUGGCAACCUGCUCAGCGGAGGUAGCCUUUCCCACCACAUGUUGAACCCCACCACGCUCCCCAGUUCAUUGCCCAGUGAAGGAGGCCGUCGAUUACUGCAGCCCGAUCAUCCGAGAGACUUCCUGAUACCAGCACCUAACAGUGCCUUCUCUAUCACAGGCGCUGCUGCCAGCAUGAAGGACAAGCCAUGCAGCCCUACCAGCGGGUCGCCCACAGCUGGUACAGCAGCCAGUUCAGAACACAUAAUGCAACCUAAACCUACCUCAGUGGUGUUGGCUGCCACCGGUGGUGAAGAAGCCAUGAAUCUCAUUAAAAGUAAGAGGAAUGUGACCGGUUACAAAACCCUCCCAUACCCACUGAAGAAGCAGAAUGGGAAGAUCAAGUACGAAUGCAAUGUCUGCUCCAAGACCUUUGGCCAGCUCUCCAAUCUGAAGGUGCACCUCCGAGUACACAGCGGAGAGAGACCAUUUAAAUGCCAGACUUGCAAUAAAGGCUUCACACAGCUGGCUCACCUCCAGAAGCACUAUCUGGUACACACGGGAGAAAAACCCCACGAGUGUCAGGUUUGUCACAAGCGGUUCAGCAGCACCAGCAAUCUCAAAACCCACCUGCGGCUCCACUCUGGAGAGAAGCCUUACCAGUGCAAGCUCUGCCCGGCCAAAUUCACCCAGUUUGUGCACCUGAAGCUGCACAAGCGUCUCCAUACCCGGGAACGUCCCCAUAAAUGCAUCCACUGCCACAAGAGCUACAUUCACCUCUGCAGCCUCCAGGUCCACCUGAAGGGCAACUGCCCCGUCGCCCCGGCCUCCGGCCUCUCCAUGGAGGACCUGAAUCGAAUCAACGAGGAGAUCGAGAAGUUCGACAUCAGUGACAAUGCUGACAAGUUGGAAGAAGUGGAGGACAAUAUCGACUUAACAUCGAUUGUGGAGAAGGAUAUACUGACCAUGCUCAGGAGGGAAAUGGAAGGAGCUAAUCUGAAGGCAUCUCUACAGAGGAACCUGGGAAAUGGACUUAUCUCCUCAGGAUGCAACCUUUACGAGUCGUCAGAUAUGUCAAUUAUGAAGUUGCCUCACGGUCACCCACUACCUCUGUUACCUGUAAAGGUCAAGCAAGAAACAGUUGAACCAAUGGACCCUUAAGACUUUUUGGCAAAGUGAUUUUUUUUUUUUUUUUUAUUUAUGACUUGGCAAGUCAGGGUGCCUGUAGCAGUUGCUUGUACAUAGUUCCAAUGCUGCAAAGCAAUCUUGGCUUACAGUAGUUUCCCUACGCUCUCCAGCUGAAAGAAGGAACUCCAAAGUUACUGUUUUCUCAGGGCAUAAAAAGGGGCAAAGGACUGUGCAUUGCCUCGCCAGUUACUAAAAGACAAUCAUCUAUCCAUAAUUAUUUUUUCAAUGAUAGUACUUCAUAAUUUAUUAUGCAAUUAAUCGUUCUAAAAGCAAUAAUUAGGAAAAUGUUUACAAUGACUGGAAAAUUCAUUGUAAUUUUUACUUUAAAAUGUUUUUAUUUUUUGUUUUAUGGCCAUUCUUUGUAGAUAUUUUUUUCUGCACAUCUGUUUUAAGAACCUAAGAUUGGGGUUUCAGUAAAUGUGUUUUAUGCACCGAUGUCUUUUAAACAAAUGUGGUUUUUCAUAUUGCCAAAGUUGGACAUUUGACAUACAGAAUCCUAGAUCCGUUGGUUUGAAAAAAAUGCUGUGUACUUUUAUUGCAAAUCACCCCCCUGGGAAUUGAAAAAAAAAACCAGACAAACCCAGAGUAGGAGCAAGCAGGGAAGAAAUUGCUACUCCUGCCUCUCUGAGGAUGGGAGAGAGAUUCUUUUACCUACGGCUCUACCCAGAACAGAUGUGGCACAGCACACACGUACCUGCCGUGGACAAUACCCCAGGUUUUUAGAAAACAGCUCUAGCCCCACACAUUGUCAUAUAACUUUAUGACCAAAGGAAUGCAUCAGGUUAAAGUGGCUCUUCCAAAAUAAAAUAUCACUUACAUUCUUUUAUUUCCAAAAGCAGUUUAAAAGCAAACACACAAAUAUUCUUAAUAUUCUGCCUACAAGGAGGUUUUUGGCAGACUUCUUUCUUCUUUUUUUUUUUUUUUUCCUGGCCAGAGCCUUCCAGGGAUAAAAAAACAAUGGUCAGAUUCCCUGAGAAAGAAGGGGUUUGGUUUUACUUGUAUUUUCCUCUCCCACUUUGCCUGGGUAGAAGUGGGGAACAAAGUCCUUUCCUGGCACAUACAUUUUUUUUCUUCCUUCCUGUACGACUCAGAUUUUUCUCAGUAUUUGUGUUUGUACAUUUUGUGGUUAAUUUAAUUAAAGAAGAAAAGGGCAUUGCAAAGUUGUUGAACAACAAUUACCUCAGUGCUUGUGUCCAGUGGUGCAGACAAUGCUGUUUUAUCUAAAUGCUUUGCUACUUUAGAAAAGAAACCAAAAUGUGCACAGGGAAAGAUAGAAUGCACGUCCUUUUAUCUUUUUGUAUUGCUAAGCCCAAAGAUGAUACGGUGAUGUUUGAGGUGUAGCAAAGAAUACAUGUAUAUUUAUAGAUAUAUUUAUACCACUAUACUAUAUAUGUAUAUGUAUAUAUAUUUAUACCACUUAAGUUGUGAGCCAAACCAUGUAAUAAAACCUAUUUUUCAU